CGAGGAAAACGCAGACAGAUUUCUUCCUUUCCAUUAACUGCCCCCGUUUCCCUCCUCCCUUCCGCCCCGGACUUCUUCGAUUUCGUCCUGCUCGCCCGUCCCCAAAUUCUUCCUCCUCCCAUCCCGUGCAGCCGGCCUCACCGCCGGCGACGGGACGCGGAGACCUGGGCUGCCCCCUCCGUCCGCCGUUCUCCUCCCUCCCUUCGUCUCCCCCCCGCCAAAACCUUCCUCUGCGCCGGCGUCGCGGGGUCAACAGCAGCCGGUGACUGAUCUCUUCGUUCCUCGGAUAACACCUCUUCUGAAUCAUCAUCUUCGCAGGUUCACUUUGAUAUUCCAACAAAGGGCACCGUGCUGAUCUCCCAGAUUAUUGCCUAAUCAUGAGGACGCAUGAACGAGCUGCCAAUUUGGCUCUUGCUGGUCUGAGCUUGGCACCACUUGUGGUUAAUGUAAACCCAAAUGUGAAUGUGGUACUGACAGCGUGCCUUACUGUCUAUGUGGGUUGCUACCGUUCUGUCAAGCCAACUCCACCCUCUGAGACCAUGUCCAAGGAGCAUGCUAUGCGGUUCCCCUUAGUUGGAAGUGCUAUGCUUUUAUCACUGUUCCUCCUAUUCAAGUUUCUCUCCAAAGACUUGGUCAAUGCUGUGCUCACUGCCUACUUUUUCAUUCUAGGCAUUGUUGCUCUCUCUGCAACACUCCUUCCUUCUAUAAAACAUUUUCUUCCAAAAGAGUGGAAUGAUAAUCUCAUCGUCUGGCGGGCUCCAUUUUUCCACUCACUCUCGGUGGAGUUCACAAAGUCCCAGAUUGUUGCUUCAAUACCUGGAUUUUUCUUUUGCUUGUGGUAUGCGUCAAAGAAGCAUUGGCUUGCCAACAAUGUUCUGGGAUUGGCUUUCUGUAUUCAGGGGAUUGAGAUGCUGUCAUUGGGAUCAUUUAAAACCGGAGCUAUUCUCUUGGGUGGACUUUUUGUGUAUGACAUUUUCUGGGUGUUCUUCACUCCAGUUAUGGUCAGUGUGGCUAAAUCUUUUGAUGCUCCGAUAAAGCUUCUGUUUCCAACUGCAGAUGCUGCACGGCCAUUCUCCAUGCUUGGCCUUGGUGACAUUGUAAUACCUGGUAUAUUUGUCGCACUUGCCUUGCGCUUUGAUGUCUCAAGAGGUAUCAAGAACCGUUACUUCAACAGUGCAUUUUUGGGAUACGCUGUGGGUAUGACUGUGACCAUCAUUGUCAUGAACUGGUUUCAAGCUGCACAGCCUGCUCUACUAUACCUUGUUCCUGGUGUGGUUGGUUUCGUCGCUGUUCCCUGUCUGUGGUAUGGAGAAGUGAAACAGCUGCUGGAGUUUGACGAGUCAAAAGCUGAGGCGGAGGAAGGCAGCGCAGAAGAUGAUGAUAGUUCUAAAGGCAACAAAAAGGUGGACUAGCAUUCUAGCAGGAUUUAGGUCCGGAGGUCAAAGGACAGGAAGACAGUUUUCGUGUAAGGUCGUCUGGCAGCUAAAUGGGCUUGAUGACCUCUAAUACCGGGUCGGCUUACUUAAGAAAUGAGAAAUGGUUCAACAUGAUAUAAGUUUUUUUUUUUCGCUUUGUGGAUUAUUUUUCCUGAACUAGAGAGUGGAAGAUGAGGGAAAAUAGAUGUUACUUGCGAUGUCCUAACUUGCUCCUGAUUUGUUAAGGAAAUCGCCAGAACUCUGAUUGGGCCGACGCAUUCAUGCCA